AUGACUUUCGAGCCUGCCACAGACAAGAAAGUGGAUUCUGAAGUGUUGUCUAAGGAUGACACGACUUCAAGCCAGUUGGACAUCUCGACGCCCCAGACUCUGAAAACAAGAGAGGUACCAUGGUACGCCUACAUUUGGGAUUACGAACCGGAUCGUACUCACGAGGAGCGCGUAUUCGUCUCCAAGCUCGAUGCAUACCUUAUUACUAUCCUUUCGCUCGGCUACUUCAUCAAAAACCUUGACCAGACCAACAUCAGCAAUGCUUUCGUGAGUGGCAUGAAGGAGGACCUGGCCAUGAACGGCAAUCAAAUCAAUUUGAUCGAUACCGCUUGGACCGUUGGCUAUGUCGUUGGCCAGAUCCCGAGUCAGAUCAUCCUCACGAAGGUCCGCCCAUCGAUCUGGGUACCUAGCUGCGAGCUGGUCUGGACGAUGUUGACAUUCACGCUUGCGGCAGCGAAGACCAGCAACCACGUCAUCAUCAUCCGUUUCUUUAUCGGUCUCGCAGAGUCCAUCUUCUAUCCAGCUGCUCACACCGUCCUUGGAGCUUGGUACAAACCGAGUGAGCUGGGCAAGAGAGCUUGCAUCUUUCACGCAUCCUCCGCUGUGGCAGCCAUGUUUUCUGGCUACCUGCAAGCUGCUGUCUACAAGGGUUUGAAUGGUGUUCACGGUUUUGCAGGUUGGCAGUGGCUUUUUAUUAUGGACGGUCUCAUAAGUGCUCCCAUUUGUCUUGCCGGUUUCUUCUUGCUGCCCGAUCUCCCAGAGAAUACCCGCGCAUUCUAUCUGAGUGAUAGUGAUCGUGCAUUGGCGAAGAAGAGAAUGGAAACCGUUGGUCGCGCUCCGCGAAAGAAGUUGACAUUGGCCACGUUCCGCAGGAUCUUCAGUCGCUGGCACAUCUACCUCUUGACUAUCCUGUACAUCAUCUUCAUCAACAUCAGUCCGUCUAGCAGCGUCAAUCCAUUUUCACUGUGGUUGAAAGCGAAGGGACUUCCUGUGUCAAAGAUUAACAUUAUACCUACGGGAAGCUACGCUAUUCAAUUGGUCUUAACUGUUUCUUUCGCCAUCAUUUCGGACGCCAUCCGGCACCGCGCGCGUAUCAUGUCGAUCAGUACGUUCCUCGGUGGUUUUGCUGCCCUCUGCCUUGCCAUCUGGAACAUCCCCACAGGGCUGAAAUGGCUCUCGUUCUUCUUACAACGUGCAUCGGUGCCAUACGGUCCAUUAAGCAUGUCCUGGGCCAACGAGAUUUGCGGCGCAGAUGCAGAGGAAAGGACCAUCGUCAUCGGCGUUAUGAACUCGAUGGGAUAUGCAUUCAACGCUUUCGUGCCGCUCCUUACCUACCCUCAGACCGACGCGCCAAGAUUCCGGAAAGGUUUCAUCUAUUCGACAUGUGGGUUUGCAGCACAAGGACUGAUUACUGCAGCUGUUGCAUAUAUGCAGAAGAGAGACGCGAAAAAGAAAGAGAAGGCAACCACCGGCGAUGAAGAGGGAGUCGAUGAUGCUGUUCUGGUUAGUGCGACGAGGACCACGGAUCUUUGA